UUUGACAGGCCCGACAUCGAGAGAACCCAUGUCCGGCACUUGGCAAUGGCCGGUAACACCUGCAACGCCUGCAGGAUGCACGAGGAGAUUCGCGCGCUCAGUUUGAAAGCGAUUAAGGAGCAGAUCCUGAACAAGCUCGGCUUGAAGCAGGCGCCGAACAUGACGGGUCGUGCCCUGCCGAGGAUCCCGCCGAUCUCGAAGCUGAUGGACAUGUACGGGAUGCAGGCCGAUCAACCACAGCCUCUCGAGCCUGGUAUCACGCACCACGAGGAGGUCGACGAAUAUGCCGCCAAGACGGAGAGUGUCUUUGCCUUGGCGCAGCCCCAUCAGAGGCUAAGGCACUCGAAAGGCAGUUUAGACGUGCUGUACUUCAAAUUCUCCGAUAAAGUUGUCCAGCACCGCGUUACCAGGGCGGAGUUAUCCCUGUGGAUCUGGGGCGUGAAUCCGGAAGCGGAGCUCGGCGAGCCGAUCGAUCUGAGCAGCCAGGAUGCCGGCCCGGUGACGAUCACGUUGCAGAGGAUCCUCCGGGGCGCGACCGAGACCGGCGGACCCAUGUUGGGUCCAUCUCUGACCACGAAGCACCCCCGACCGUACGGACGACGAGGCGGCUGGGUCACGAUCGAGCUCAGACGAAUGGUAGCGGAGUGGUUCAAACAUCCGAGAGACAAUCUCGGGGUCGCUCUGAAGAUCAGCGGACCUGGCGGCGGUCAUCGCAGGAACUCGGCCCGACUGGUCGAGACCAAUCCGGGGGCGGAAUACGCCCCGUAUCUCGAGAUACAGAUGCAGGAACUUGACUCGCGAAGAGGCUCCAGAAUCAAGAGGAACGUGGGACUGAAUUGCGACGAGGCCAGCCAGGAGACCAGAUGUUGCCGGUACAAGCUCACGGUAGACUUCGAGAAGUUCGGCUGGGAUUGGAUAAUCGCACCCAAGAAAUACGAUGCCAAUUACUGUUCGGGUGAUUGUCCGAUGGCUUUCCUUCCGGCCUAUCCAAACACGCACAUCGUCAGCCUAGCGGAACCACCGAACAACACCGGGCCAUGCUGCGCCCCUAGGAAGCUGUCCGAGAUCACGAUGUUGUAUUUUGACAACGAGUACCAGAUCGUGUUCUCGCGAUUGCCGGGCAUGGUCGUCGAGAAAUGCGGGUGCUCAUAGUCCACCUUCGUUUCCGACGGGACGAAAGCGACGUGGGCGACGCCGAGAGUUCCGCACGGAUACCGCGAUGCUCUCCCUCUGAUCAAUCUCGAUAAUCAUCGUCAUUAUCAUCGUCAACCGUCGUCGAUUGUCGCCGUCGUAUUCUCGGCGAUUCCUCAUCCGAUAGACUGAAAGUGCCUUGUUCGGAGAGUGAUCGCGUGAUGCGGAUCUCUUUGGAGCGCGUGGAGGAAGAAACACAAAGUGUGCACGGGUAGACGAUGUGUGGUGAUUCACAAGAGUCCCCUCGAAGACUGUGCUGGACGCCAAGGAAAUUCAAAGAGAGGGACUAGCGUCGUGUCAGCGGGAGGCAUCUCGACGUGGUGGUCCAUGGUCCACGGCAAGGCGGAUAGUUCCUAGAGUCAUGGUAUUAUUUUUAAGACGCCGAUACGUUUGCAUCCCGAUCCGCGAUCCUGAUUUACGACCGCGGAAAUUUUACGCGGAUUCUCCAAAACGCGAAUCUCUUAUUCCCCGAAGGCAGGA